GGCCGAUGUCUUUCUGCCCUUUUCAUAUGCAUUUCUAGUUGUCUCUUUUUCCUGGGACAGAUAUGACCUUCCCCCACUUUUACUGCUGACGCACCUUGAGACGAUUUUCUUUUUGCCCCCCCAUUCCAUGCAACCCCGUCAGCGCAAACCUCGGAGAGCUGGUGCUCUGAAAGAUCUCCCGCCGCUGAUCAUCGUUAAGAAGAUCUUGCUUUUACAGGUCGCGUUUUAUGUUUGCGCUACAAUCUUAAUACUCUUUGCGGCUCUUGUGGCCGGGACUGCAUUUUCACCCGAUCUCAUCCUAAGUUGGCGGACGCUAAGAGGAGAUACGACGAUAGGAUGGACGUUGAGCUUUGUUUGGUUGUUAAAUAGCUUCUUCGGCGUCAUCUUCAUUCUUCUCCUAGUUUCGCGCUCAAAACUCGUUCCCGACUUCGCACUUACCAUACAUUUUAUUCACCUCGUCAUCACAUCUUUCUAUACCCACGAGAUUCCUUCCAACCUCUUAUGGUGGGGAUUACAAGGCGCAAGUUCGGCGCUUAUGACAUUCGUUGGCAUGUGGGCAUGCCAAUACCGGGAGCUUCGGCCGAUCGCUUUCGGCGGCGUUUCGUCCAAUCGAAGAGCAACCGCUCGGACCAUUCCAGAUGCACAUGCAGACAACGAAGACCCAGAAGCCGCAGGCUUCUCUCGAGGGCGAAGCCGGGGGCAUGAUCGGGACGGAGGUGGAGAAUACGAGAUGGUUUCGGUGAAGGAGCCUCCAGAAGAACCCGUAUAGAGAUUUUCUUUACUAUUCUGGAUCAAACAUUCAUCUUUUCGCUCACAAAGUUAUAUACCCUCCAUUUGUACUUGUGGGAGUUGGGGAGUUUGGAAGACGCUGUACUUCUCUGCGCGCUUGUGGUGCCAUGUA